AUGUGGAGUGAACCAGAAUCUGUGGUCAGAGAAAGGAUUCCUCAGCAUUUCUCUGCCAUCCAGCUGAGAGUUUCUCUAGCUCAGAUGAAACAGGCUGGUGCUCUUGCUUCUCUUCUCUCCUCUCUGUGGCUACUGAAAGAAUCCCCUCUAUUUUCUCCUGAGCUGCUGUAUGCUUUGGCUAAAAUGGGCCAUGGGGAUUAACUGGUUCUUGCUGAUGCAAACUUUCCAACAUCCUCCAUUUGUGCCUGUGGUCCAAAAGAAAUAAGAGCUGAUGGUUUGGGAAUCCCACAGCUUUUGAAGGCUAUUUUGAAGCUCUUGCCUCUUGAUACCUAUGUCCCCUCUCCGGCUGCAGUCAUGGAUCUGUUAAAAGAUGUGUGGUACACCUACUCAGAUCUCCUGAAUCAGGCUGGAUCUUAUAGUCCUAUUGAGAAAGUGGAAAGGUUUGCUUUCUAUGAACGAGCCAAGGAAGCGUGUAUUUUCUCUGUGUUCAUUAACAUGGAAACGGCUCUGUACGGCAACCUAAUACUGAAGAAGGGGGUCAUUUCUCCUGACCUUUUAGAGUGACACACACACACGUUAAGUAAUGAUGAUCUAAUCAGGAAUAAUUUAUUACAUUACAUUACAUGUCACUUGUUAGACGCUUUUAUCCAAAGCGACUUGCAUACUCAAUACUGUGGGCAAUCCCCGCGGGAGCAAUUUGGGGUGAAGUGUCUUGCCCAGGGACACAACGACAUGCUGACUGCAGUGGGGUUUGAACCUGUGACCCCCUGAUCCGAACACCUACGCACAACCUACUGCGCCACACACCUCCAUUUAUAUUUUUUCAAAUUUGUUCAGUUUCCACCAGAAGUGGGAAGAGUUAAAAAAUCAUUUGUCUGUGUUAAUGUAUAGUCAAUACUCAUCUGAAGGAUCAGAAAAUAUUUUGUAUUUUUCUUAAUAACUUCUGUGUUGUACAAACAUUUCAAUAAACCAAACACAUAAAGUCUUUGAUACAUGUGUUAAUGUUUAUUUUUGAUCAAGGACAACUCAGAUUUAAUCAUCACAAUAUCCUAAAGAUGUAUAGUCUUCUCCAACCUUCAACCUUAUUUAUAUGUCCUAACCACCUAGCCUCGCCCAUGUUUAACACUUUUAUAACCGCGCUUCACUAUUCUGACAUGUACAGAGGAACACUUAAGAAUUUAACACUUCAAGACUUCCUUUUCUCAAACUG